GGGCGCAGGCGCAGAGGAGGGCGGCGUUGAGACCGGCGGAGCGGCGGGACCCCUAGGUGGCGGAGGGACGCUCCGGGAAAGCGAGGGGCUCUACGAGCUCUGGUCCACGUGACCUGCCGGGGGCGGGAGCAGGGGGCGCGCCGGCCUCCUGCGGUGCCCCUGCCUUGGGGAGGGGCCGUGACCACCCGCCUGUCGCCCGAGGCGGCCGCCGCUGCACCUUCACCGCGUACCCGGGACCCGCCCGCCCGCGGGAGAUAAAAACUAUACUAGAGUCCAGCGACUUCUUACCACUCUGAAUGUAAGUAACAAAUUGUGAAUUAAAGCCCGAAUCCCCGUGGAAUUCAUUCCGAGGCUGAUUGCAAUCACUUGGAGUCGGGCGCGUCCUACCUAAACCAGGCAGUUUAUGGCAAAUACCUGCCUUGACCGUGCAUAAAUUAGUGAACUUUUGGGCACCAACUGGUCGAUUUACCAUAGAAAUUGGUAGUUGCUGCAAAAAGAAAAUGUUGCUGAAGUGCUGCUGAAAGGGCCAGAGAUGCAAGGAUUUGGGAUACAUUUUGAACCUUUAAGCUGUCUGACAUUGACCUCCUUUCAUUAUUAAUAAAGAAGAAGCAGGAGCUUAGGAUGUAUUAACACCAACUCAUUAAUAUACUAACCGGACAAUGUUCUACAAACAAUUCUACAUUGUAAAGGACUGGAUUGGCACAAAAUAAAAUAAUUUUAUUUUAUUCAGCUUAUAAUAUGACUCGAUGGAGGAAAAUUUGAUAAGCAUGAGAGAAGACCAUUCUUUUCAUGUUCGUUACAGAAUGGAAGCUUCUUGCCUAGAGCUGGCCUUGGAAGGGGAACGUCUAUGUAAAUCAGGAGACUGCCGCGCUGGCGUGUCAUUCUUUGAAGCUGCAGUUCAAGUUGGAACUGAAGACCUAAAAACACUUAGCGCUAUUUACAGCCAGUUGGGCAAUGCUUAUUUCUAUUUGCAUGAUUAUGCCAAAGCAUUAGAAUAUCACCAUCAUGAUUUAACCCUUGCAAGGACUAUUGGAGACCAGUUGGGGGAAGCGAAAGCUAGUGGUAAUCUGGGAAACACCUUAAAAGUUCUUGGGAAUUUUGACGAAGCCAUAGUUUGUUGUCAGCGACACCUAGAUAUUUCCAGAGAGCUUAAUGACAAGGUGGGAGAAGCAAGAGCACUUUACAAUCUUGGGAAUGUGUAUCAUGCCAAAGGGAAAAGUUUUGGUUGCCCUGGUCCCCAGGAUGUAGGAGAAUUUCCAGAAGAAGUGAGAGAUGCUCUGCAGGCAGCCGUGGAUUUUUAUGAGGAAAACCUAUCAUUAGUGACUGCUUUGGGUGACCGAGCGGCACAGGGACGUGCCUUUGGAAAUCUUGGAAACACACAUUACCUCCUUGGCAACUUCAGGGAUGCAGUUAUAGCUCAUGAGCAGCGUCUCCUUAUUGCAAAAGAAUUUGGAGAUAAAGCAGCUGAAAGAAGAGCAUAUAGCAACCUUGGAAAUGCAUAUAUAUUUCUUGGUGAAUUUGAAACUGCCUCGGAAUACUACAAGAAGACACUACUGUUGGCUCGACAGCUUAAAGACCGAGCUGUAGAAGCACAGUCUUGUUACAGUCUUGGAAAUACAUACACUUUACUUCAAGACUAUGAAAAGGCCAUUGAUUAUCAUCUGAAGCACUUAGCAAUUGCUCAAGAGCUGAAUGAUAGAAUUGGUGAAGGAAGAGCAUGUUGGAGCUUAGGAAAUGCAUACACAGCACUAGGAAAUCAUGAUCAAGCAAUGCAUUUUGCUGAAAAGCACUUGGAAAUUUCAAGAGAGGUUGGGGAUAAAAGUGGUGAACUAACGGCACGACUUAAUCUCUCAGACCUUCAAAUGGUUCUUGGUCUGAGCUACAGCACAAAUAACUCCAUAAUGUCUGAAAAUACUGAAAUUGAUAGCAGUUUGAAUGGUGUACGCCCCAAGUUGGGACGCCGGCAUAGUAUGGAAAAUAUGGAACUUAUGAAGUUAACACCAGAAAAGGUACAGAACUGGAACAGUGAAAUUCUUGCUAAGCAAAAACCUCUUAUUGCCAAACCUUCUGCAAAGCUACUCUUUGUCAACAGACUGAAGGGGAAAAAAUACAAAACGAAUUCCUCCACUAAAGUUCUCCAAGAUGCCAGUAAUUCUAUUGACCACCGAAUUCCAAAUUCUCAGAGGAAAAUCAGUGCAGAUACUAUUGGAGAUGAAGGGUUCUUUGACUUAUUAAGCCGAUUUCAAAGCAAUAGGAUGGAUGAUCAGAGAUGUUGCUUACAAGAAAAGAACUGCCAUACAGCUUCAACAACACCUUCUUCCACUCCCCCCAAAAUGAUGCUAAAAACACCAUCUGUUCCUGUGGUAUCCCCCAACACGGAUGAGUUUUUAGAUCUUCUUGCCAGCUCACAGAGUCGCCGUCUGGAUGACCAGAGGGCUAGUUUCAGUAAUUUGCCAGGGCUUCGUCUAACACAAAACAGCCAGUCGGUACUUAGCCACCUGAUGACUAAUGACAACAAAGAGGCUGAUGAAGAUUUCUUUGACAUCCUUGUAAAAUGUCAAGGAUCCAGAUUAGAUGAUCAAAGAUGUGCUCCACCACCUGCUACCACAAAGGGUCCGACAGUACCAGAUGAAGACUUUUUCAGCCUUAUUUUACGGUCCCAGGGAAAGAGAAUGGAUGAACAGAGAGUUCUUUUACAAAGAGAUCAAAACAGAGACACUGACUUUGGGCUAAAGGACUUUUUGCAAAAUAAUGCUUUGUUGGAGUUUAAAAAUUCAGGGAAAAAAUCAGCAGACCAUUAGUUACUAUGGAUUUAUUUUUUUUCCUUUCAAACACGAUACUGAAGGCAGUUUACAAGGGGAUGAUAACAAAGUAACUAACUGUAGCAAAAGACAAGCAUGGGACAGACUGGGACCUGGAGUAACACUGGAUCACAGACUGCAAAGGCCCACGCUUGGAACAAGUUGCCAACUUGUUCCACUCUGCUUGCUUCAGAUUGUGCACAGCUGGGAUGGGAUCUGGGUAUGUGGACCCCUAUUCUUUCAAAAAGUCAUUCAGGUGAUUUGGAUGGGCAAAUAGAACUAUUUCUCUAAAUGGCCAAUGUUUUUUAAGAGUCAUAAUCUGGAAUUACAUUAAAAGUGCUCAGCUUAAAAAAAAAAAAA